CCCUGAACCGAUGUAGUUCAAACAAUUCAACAACUUUACUAGGCAAUAGUAAAUUGUUUGUUAUUUUUAUACAAUAACCACUGUCGGUACACUAGAGACGCAGUAUUGUCCAAAUUUUGUAUACAUUUCGCGUUCACCUUCUUUGGCACAAACCACCAGUUCAUCAGAUAGUUGGAUAUCCAGACAGCAUUCACCAGUUUGCCGACUGUUUCCAUUAUGGAGCAGUUCUUCGCAUUCCCGGCUCGUGGAAUGGGGCUGGGAUUGGUCCAGAUUCAGCAUCAGAGUGCAAGUCCUUGUGCGGCGGAGUACUCGCUCAAUCCGAACGCAGUGGAAUUUGUGCCCUCUUAUCGUCAGAAACCGGAGUUCUCGAAUUUUGAAACCAAAACGGAAGCGACUUCGACUACCACAUUGCUUCAACCUGAGAUCGUUGGAGAUGCCGUCGAGCAUGUUGAAAAUGGUUUCUAUGUAAAGCGGCAGAUCUUCGAGUUCCUCAGCCAAUUGGGAGAUGAACAAAUGCCGCUGGAGGAGAUUUCGGUGGGUUUGCUGCCAGGAGGUCAAGGUCUCAGCAUGACAUUCAGCACCAAACGGCCGGACCAGCAGCUCCAUCCACCGGAUCCAAAUAGUCCCAUCUUUCACGGACGCCAGAGCCUGCAACUGGCAGUAGGCGAUCAGGAGAAGCUAGCCAGCAGGCCGGAGAGCGUCUUGAUCGCCCAAUUCCUCAUCCGGGUCAACGAUCUUGUCAGCGAGAAGUACGAGUACGGCGGAGAUGGCUCUAUUUGCCCCAAGUGCACUCUAUGCUCCAAUCGAAGCUACACGGAAUUGGAAAUCGAGAACCAGAUCGAGGGGAUAAAGGCCUUCGAGAACUUUUUUACGUUCACGGAAUCCACUCGCUACCAAGACUUGGUUUCCCACAAAGCCUUCAAGGAGCUGUGCCACAAGCUGGGCUUAAUCGUUAGCCGAGAUCAGAUUCACAUUAACGGAACUUGCGCUGGGGCAACUACAGUGGUCGCUCCUCCGCCACCCUCGGUACAGUCCUCCAGUGUCACCGUUUGCAUUUCCCAGUCAAACAACGGAAUGGAAACUGACUUGGAGGCCGAGGCUUAUGCCGGCGAUGACGAAUCGCAAUCGAACAGACGUGAAAUGGCGGCUAGAGGAAGUGCCGGCACAUCGAUCCCAACGGAAUACGUGAGGGGAAAGCUCUACAGGUACGAGGACUCCGAGGGAUCCCAGCUGGUUAACCAGCUGAAUGAAGCUGAGCAAAAAAGUGAGCCAAUGAUGGUCGAUAGCUUCGACUUGAAUGUACCACCAACCACGCCGGCCAAAUCCGUGAUGGGCACAAGUGUGCCGGCUACCUUUCCGCGGGUCUACAAAUCGGCCAAGGCCAAAUGUUCCGCUCGGGGCGCUGGACCUAGUGGCCUCCAAAGCGGAUCACAGUGUUACAGGAGUUCGGUUUAUGGGAACUCGGUAGUGCAGGCGGCUCAGGGCACGUCCGCAACUAUGCCAAAAUGUCGGCUCACGAUGGGUGGUGGCCAGUUUCAGAAUGGAUCGACUGGGACUGCCGCCCGUAAGCUCCCAGUGGAAUCAUGCACACCCAGUUCAGCUCGAAAGCAAAACCGUUUGAGUGGUGCGAAAUCUGGAUGUGUUUACCAACAAUCUGGAAAUAAUUCUGCAGCUGUGGCAGGUCGAGUAACCAGGUCGGGAAAACUGGGAACCUCUCUUCAGAAACAGCAGUCAAGUCAUGGUUGCAAGUCGAGCAAAGGUGCCGUAGCUAGUAGGAUGGGCAUGACCAACUCGAAGCAAACCCAUGGCACAUCGCAGCGAAUGAUCCCAAGAAGCACCCAAGCUUCAAUGAUGCGUCAAACAGAGGUUAAGCGGCGCAUGAGCCUUAUGCGCGGCGACAGUGAUUCGGAUCUGCUCUACAAUGAAUAUCUCUUCAAGUGAUUUGCAGAUGAAUUGCAUGGAUUUGUUGCUUCUUUUUCAAAUAUAACUGUUUUCUCAAACUCAAUAGAUAACAAAAAAAUA